AUGGAUUCUCAGUUUACAGUUAGUGAUCUAUGUGCGCUCAAAAAGCUUAUUUCCCCAAAUGACGAUUCCAGUGAUGAAGAAAAACAAAAUAUAGAAGUAGACAAGGAGCUCUCAGCCAACUCAAAAGACAUAUGGAAGUUGGAUGAGGUACCAGAUACGAUAUAUGUUGAGGACAUUUAUGAUCCCAGACCACAGCCUGAAUAUGAAAUCCAUUAUAAACAGGAUGUUAGUGCAGAGGAUAUGUAUUUGCAAAUGGGCCCCAAGAAUGCGACAACAGCCUGCUGUGAAUAUCUCGUGGUGACCGUAAAGCUACCUGAAACAAUGAAGGAAGAAAUUAAGCUCGAUGUUAAGGACCAAUUUCUUGAUCUUCGAUCCAAAAAAUUUAAGCUCGGUCUUCAUCUUCCAAAUCCGGUGAAGCCGGAAUCCUCCAAAGCAAAGUGGAUGUCCGAGAAGUCGACUUUGGAAAUAACUUUAUUAAAUAAUCGAGAGUAUGACUUCAUGAAUUUUUGA